AUGAUCACUCUUCCAGGCGUUGGCCGCUUCAAUCAAUACGUCAAAUACGACUUUGCGAAAUGGACAAAUUUUCCACAAGGCCUUUCUAUCAGCGACUACGGCAUCACUGCUGAUCCCAACGACGACGAACAUCCUUUCGAUCAGUUCUACGGGCCCAACAAUGUGAUUCUGAAGAGAGGUCGGCCGUUGCAGUUGAGAGUUCCUGGUGGUCAGACCAAGUCGCCUAUUCAAGGCGCUGAGAUUACGACCGCUUAUAAUGAUGUUCUGUAUGCUUCCGUUCGUACGGUAGCGAAGGUUAGCAGUGUGCCUGGGACGUGCAAUGGCUUCUUCUUCUACCAUUCCGACCAGCAAGAGACAGAUAUCGAGAUCCGCACGGCUUUCCAAGACCAGAUCUUCCUCACCAAUCAGAAGUCCUCCGCCAGAGCUGUUGAAUCGACAUUCGACACGGCAGCUCCUCAGAACAUGAGCGCUGGCUUCCACGAGUAUAGAUUCGACUGGUUGAAGGGCAUGACCAAGUUCUACGUGGACGGAAAAUAUGUAGGGCAGUUGAACAAGAAUGUCCCGAAAGUGCCUGGAAGCAUGGUUUGGAAUAACUGGGCGAAUGGUGGUAGCUGGAGUGGUGGACCACCCAAGCAUGACAAUAUUCUUAAGAUCCAGAGCAUCGAGAUGUGGUACAACCGAACCAGCAUCACUGGAGUGAACUGUAAAUGA